AUGGGAGAUAGCGAACCAAUGGUUGCAGAAACAUCGGCGACCGAGUCUUAUCCAUUAGACGGUUACGAUAACACUAACACUGCUUCCAAUCCUGUUCCCGAAGCUGGUGCUACUGCUGUUGCUGAGGUUGCAGGAGAAGCUGCUGCUCAGGCUAAUUCAGGCUAUGAGCUUCCUUAUUCGGGUGAUGGGAGUGCGUAUGCUGCUGGGGGUCCUAAUUCUGUACUUCAACAAGCUCAAUUUAGUGCUGUCGAUGAGUCUAAGCAAGCUAUUGGAGUGCCUGACGCUAAUGAUGCCUCCGGUGUGGUUGGAAUGGAAGCUACAGAGUCUGCGAUUGUUUCUGGUGAUCAUUCGUCUGUAAAUGGUGGGGUUGAUACAACUGGACAUGAAAAUGGAAAUGCACCGGAGAAUGUUGAUGGUUCAGCUGAUGAGAAACAACUUACAGAUGCUUACGCAGCUGCGUUGUCUGCUGAAGAAGAUCGUUUGUGGAACAUUGUAACAGCUAAUUCUUCAGAUUUUACUGCUUGGACUUCUCUGAUUGAAGAAACAGAGAAGGUGGCAGAGAGCAACAUUUUGAAGAUUCGUAGAGUCUAUGAUGCAUUCCUGGCAGAAUUCCCUUUGUGUUAUGGGUAUUGGAAGAAAUAUGCUGACCAUGAGGCGCGCCUUAGCUCUGCUGAUAAAGUUGUUGAAGUUUAUGAGCGUGCUGUUCAAGGGGUUACAUAUUCGGUGGACAUGUGGUUGCAUUAUUGCAUAUUUGCCAUAAGCACCUAUGGGGAUUCAGAUACAGUUCGUAGGCUUUUUGAACGAGGAUUAGCUUAUGUUGGAACAGAUUAUCUUUCAUUUUCUCUUUGGGAUAAAUACAUUGAAUAUGAGUACAUGCAGCAAGAUUGGGCACGUCUUGCGGUGAUUUACACCAGAAUAUUAGAGAAUCCAAAUCAGCAGUUGGAUCGGUAUUUCAGCAGCUUCAAGGAGUUGGCUAGUAAUCGACCUUUGUCAGAAUUACGGACAACUGAGGAAGUUGCUGCAGUUGCAGAUGUUGUUCCAGAGGGUACUGACCUAGGUGUUGAAGGAGAGGUUCGUCCCAGUGCUGCAGAGAAUUCUCCUAAACAUGUUAGUACUGGAUUAACAGAAGCAGAAGAGUUGGAGAAGUAUAUUGCCAUUAGAGAAGAGAUGUAUAAGAAAGCAAAAGAGUUCGAUUCUAAGAUCAUCGGUUUUGAAACAGCAAUCAGGAGGCCCUACUUUCAUGUACGUCCUCUUAAUGUUGGAGAGCUUGAGAAUUGGCAUAGCUAUCUGGAUUUUAUAGAAAGAGAAGGUGACUUAAGCAAGAUUGUCAAGUUGUAUGAGAGAUGUGUCAUUGCUUGUGCCAAUUAUCCUGAGUACUGGAUACGUUAUGUUUUGUGCAUGGAAGCUAGUGAAAGUAUGGAUCUUGCAAAUAAUGUUCUUGCUCGGGCAAGCCAAGUCUUUGUCAAGAGACAACCUGAGAUACAUAUUUUUUGUGCUCGGUUCAAGGAGCAGGCGGGAGAUAUAGUGGGUGCUAGAGCGGCGUAUCAUCUUGUGCACACUGAAAUUUCUCCAGGCCUUCUUGAAGCAAUAAUUAGGCAUGCCAAUAUGGAACAUCGAUUGGGGAAGUUGGAGGAUGCGUUCUCUUUGUAUGAACAGGCCAUUGCCAUUGAGAAAGGAAAAGAACAUUCACAAACACUGCCAAUGUUGUUUGCUCAGUAUUCUCGAUUUGUUUAUUUGGCUUCUGGAAAUGCUGAAAAGGCUAAAGAGAUUUUAGUUGGGGGGCUUGAGAAUGCUUCACUGUCAAAGGCACUACUUGAGGCUUUAUUGCAUUUUGAGGCUAUUCAACCCCAGCCAAAACGAGUUGACAUUGACUUUUUAGAGUCAUUGGUUGUAAAAUUCAUAACGCCCAACCCAGAGAACCCUGGGGUAGCAAGUGCAACAGAGCGUGAAGAACUUUCUACUAUUUUUCUGGAGUUUUUAAAUCUCUUUGGAGACGUUCAAUCUAUCAAAAGGGGUGAGGAUAGACAUGCCAAAUUGUUCUUGCCACACAGGAGCAUGUCAGAGUUGAAAAAACGUCAUGCAGAGGAUUUCUUAGCUUCAGAUAAAACUAAAGUGUCGAGAGCUUAUUCUGCUCAAUCACCAGGCCAUUCUGUAACGGGUGCAUAUCCAAAUGCACCUAACCAAUGGACUAACUAUGGAGUACAGCCUCAAACUUGGCCAGCGACCACACAAGGACAGCAAUGGCCUGCUGGCUACACCCAGCCGGCUUCAUAUGGGGCUUAUCCUGGAUAUGGAGGCAACUAUGCUAACCCUCAAUUGCCUGCACCAGUUCCACAAAGCACUGCUUACGGGGCCUAUCCUCCUGCAUAUCCUGCACAGGCACUUCCUCAACAAAAUUAUGCACAACCUGCAGCCCCGGCACAGCAACCCGGAACAGUUCCUCAGGCCUAUUACGGGAGUUAUUACUGA